CACCCCAAAACCUUCCUUUAUUUCCACUCAAAGAACCCACACAUACAUACCCCUUAUUAUAAGGCCAAACCCAAACACAAAUUAAACCUUAAAAAAACAAAAACCAAUAUGUCUCAACAACAAUUCCAACCCCAAAUUUACCCAUACAACAAUGUCCCGGUCCACCCAGACACCUCAUCUCAAUCCUCCUCCUCCUCCUCAUCCUCCCAUUCAAACGGAUCCUUCGGCACAGUGUUCUUGGUCCUCGCCGCGAUCCUAGUCGUAAGCGUCCUAGCUUGCAUCGCCAACCGCUUCUGCAGCAGAAGAAGCAAUAAUAGCGACCACCAUGAUCACCACGCGCCUAAGAACACCAUGAAAAUCCACGGCCACGGCCCGCGUGGCGAUGGAAAGCUGCCGAGAGAGUGGGAGGGGAAAGUGCAGAGCCAUGAAGGAGGAGGGGAUUUGGAGCUUGGGAAGAGAAUUAUUGGCUCUUCAAAAGUGGUGGAUGAACCAUCUACUAGUAGCUUUAUGGCACAUCGCGAUAAUAAUGGUGGGGGGAAAGGAGGAGGUGCUAGGUUUGCUGUUCAUCAUAUGCAGUUCAAACCCGCCAUCAGAUCAUCAUCCUUUGAAAGAAUAUAGUCCAAAUGUUAACGUUAGAUAAUAUAAUGAUUCUUAAUUGGCAUGGAUCGAUAUGAUGAACUUAAUUUAAUUACUUGAAAUUAUGUAUGUAAAUUUUAUCAUUACAAAAAUAUUGUAAACUUGUAUUGUAUGUGGGGUAUUUGGUUUUGGUUAUGCAUGCUUCAAUAAAACAUUUAAUUUACGUA